AAGACCUUUCAGUAGUGAGCCCAUUUUCUCUCAAGAGUCGAGUUUUCAAACUUUUCAUUGUAGCCGGAAUACAAACCUCACCCGUCUUCUGCUCCAACCGAAACUCCCAGGACUCGGAAACCACUUGGGUAACAUCAUUUCCACACUCAGUUACUGAUCAAUCUGGAAACUGGACAGCAGUGCUCAACCAGGAAGAAAUGAGCGCUUUCAAGGCUUUUAAAGCUUGCGUGCCGAUUGAAUGGAGUGAUAAGCUCUACAUAACCCUUGUUAGGGGUAUCCCUGGAACCAGGGAGCUCCAUAGGCGGACAUUAGAGGCGCUGCGCCUUCGCAAAUGCAACCGCACAGUUGUGCGAAAAAAUACUCCUACAGUUCGUGGAAUGCUUCAGCAGGUAAAACGAUUGGUUGCAAUUGAGACAAAGGAAAUGCACGAGGCUCGGAAACGAAGAGAGGCUAAUCACAGAGCUCUGCGACCACCGUUGGUUAUUAGUCAUCAUCCAGCCCCAAAGACUGAAUCCUUUCAGUUAUCUUAGAGAUUCUUCGAGGUAAAAUGGUGAUGUGUUUUGCGGUUGGUGAGGGUAGUGCUGGACCUUUUUUCUCUACAAAUUAUAUCAGGAUGAUGUUUGUAAAAUUUCAGGUUAGAUGAGAUAAGUGGGGAUGACGAUGAACAGAAGAAAUCGUAUUGAUUUGAGAAAUAGAUUGAAGAUUGUCUCCUGCAGCUAGAUUGUCAUUGCAAAUUGUCUUAUUUAAAAUGUGACGCAAAGCAAUAGAAUUGUCUGGCUUGAAACAUGACGUAGUGACCAAAACAGGAUAUCGAAUUUGGGAGGAAGGAAAGAGGGCUGGAUACAAGGCUCGUGUAUAAGAUUCUAUGCUUCAUUGUGCUGUUUUCAUUUCUUUAUCCGAUGUAGUUGAACGUGCAAUUGUUUAUUUGCUGUCUUAUCCAUUAGUGUAAUUCUCUGGUUUGGUCCUUCCAUUUAUGUAAUGUUCUCUGUUCUGCAGAUACAUAGCAUAGUACUGAUUGUGAUUCAGAUCUUUGAAGAACAGAAGUUUCAUUAGUGGCCGAACUUGUGUUAAAGCUUGUAAUCUCCUGGCGGAUGAAUAAAAUUUGAAGUGUUGCAAAUUUAGUUCAGACUGCAGAGACAUAGGCAGUUAAUGCUUUUUUCAUGAGAGGUUUUUUCUUUUGGAAUGAGAUCAUAGAUUAGUGGACUAAACCGUCGGAUUUAUUUGGCACUCAUGUUUGUAGAAAACCGUUUUACACCAUAAACCAUUAGUAUUAUUUAGAAUA